UGAGCACGCCGGGGGUUCCGGCGCUGAGCGGGCCUCUGGUUCCAGACGGAUGUCUGGGCUGAACCUGGGGGCCAGGCGUUGGCGGCUGCUGGCUGUUCCCGGUUCCCGACCAGCUCACGCGGUGGGAGGGGCGGCUGAGGAAAGGUGCCGCCGCGGAGACGUGUCGGAGAGGCCCUAGAACCAUGGUUUAUAUUAUUGAAACUUUAAAUGUAGUUUUCAAAGAAGAAUGGAGGAGAAUAUGAAGCUUGCUACAGUGGAAGAUACUGUGGAGUACCGCCUGUUCCUGAUUCCAGAUGAACCAAGGGAUGCAGAAAAACGCAGGGAGAUUCUUCAAAAGUAUAUUGAGAGAAUAAUGACCCAGUUUGCACCUAUGCUGGUCCAUUAUAUCUGGCAGAAUCAGCCUUUCAAUCUCAAAUACAAACCUGAGAAAGGAGGUGUUCCUGCUCAUAUGUUUGGCAUGACAAAGUUUGGGGAUAACAUUGAGGAUGAAUGGUUUAUUGUUUAUAUAGUAAAGCAAAUUACAAAGGAAUUUCCAGAAUUGGUAGCAAGGAUUGAAGACAAUGAUGGUGAAUUUUUGUUAAUAGAAGCUGCUGACUAUCUCCCUAAAUGGUUGGAUCCUGAUAAUAGUGCUAAUAGGGUGUUUUUCUACCAUGGGGAAUUGUGCAUUAUUCCUGCACCGAGGAAACCUGGAGCAGUAUCCUGGUUACCGACUACACCCCCAACAAUCCCACAAGCACUGAAUAUAAUCUCAACACACCCAGAAAAAAUUUUGGCUUCAGAAUCUGUACGAGCUGCUGUGAAUAGGCGUAUCAGAGGAUACCCAGAAAAAAUUCAAGCCUCCCUCCAUCGAGCUCACUGCUUCCUUCCAGCUGGCAUUGUGGCAGUGCUAAAGCAGCGCCCCCGCCUGGUGGCCGCAGGAGUCCAGGCCUUUUACCUGCGGGACCCCAUUGACCUGCGAGCCUGUCGUAUUUUCAAGACAUUCUUGCCUGAAACACGAAUAAUGACAUCAGUCACCUUCACUAAAUGUCUGUAUGCACAGUUGAUGCAACAAAGGUUUGUGCCAGACCGGCGGAGUGGAUACAAACUGCCUCCUCCAUCUCAUCCCCAGUACCGAGCCCAUGAAUUGGGCAUGAAGCUGGCUCACGGAUUUGAGAUUCUGUGCUCCAAAUGCAGCCCACAUUUUUCUGACUCCAAGAAAUGCCCUGUGACUACCUCACCACUCUGGGCUGGCUUCCUUGACAGUCUGAAGAAGAACAAUUACUUUAAGGGACUGAUAGAAGGUUCUUCCCAGUACCAGGAGAGACUAGAAAUGGCAAAGAACUACUUCCAACUCUCAGUAAACCGGCCAGAAAGCUCUCUUGCUAUGAGCCCUGGUGAAGAAAUCUUAACCUUAUUACAGACAUUACCAUUUGAUAUUGAAGAGCUUAAGAAAGAAGAAGCUAAUCUUCCUCCAGAAGAUGAUGACCAGUGGUUAGAUCUCUCACCAGAUCAGUUGGACCAGCUACUGCAAGAAGCUGCUGGCAAAAAAGAGCCAGAAGAGCCCAUUUCCAAGGAGAAGGAGCACUAUGACUUAACUCAAGUCUCAAAGAGCAUGAAAGCUUUCAUAUCCAAAGUCUCCACGCACAAAGGAGCAGAGCUGCCUCGAGACCCUUCUGAAACUCCAAUCACUUUUGAUGCAGAUUCUUUUCUUAAUUACUUUGAUAAGAUUUUAGGACCAAGGCCUCCUGAAUCGGACUCCGAUGACCAGGAUGAGGAAGACUUUGAAAGUUUAGAAAGUGAUGAUGACUUGGAUUUUGAAACACAGGAGCCUGGGGAAGAAGCAUCUGUAAAAGGAACACUUGAUGAUCUCAAGUCAUACAUGGCCCAGAUGGACCGGGAACUGGCACAUACCAGCAUUGGCAAAAGUUUCACCACCCAGAAGCAAACGGAAUCUGUAGCCCAGACUACCAAUAGCAAUUCAGAUGAGGAAGAUUCUGGUGCAGCAGAAUCUGUGAUGACACCGGUGGAUGUAGACCUAAACCUGGUGUCAAACAUACUGGAAUCGUAUAGUUCCCAAGCCGGACUGGCCGGACCUGCUUCCAACCUCUUACAAAGCAUGGGAGUGCAGCUGCCCGACAACGCCGAUCCCAGACCCACAAGUAAGCCAGCGAAAGACUGACCAGCACAUCUAGCCUGUCGUUUCUCUUUUUAAAUAAAUAUUGAACCUGAGUGU